CCCCCCCUCCACCAUGGAAACCGAUCACCCCCGGAUAGCAGAAGGAACCGGAGCUGCAGCCGAAUCCAACGAGCAUGACUACGCUCACACCACCGACCCACCAGAACCUGAGCCGAACUCCGCGCUUCAGCCGCCCGAACCCGCCCGGCUGGAGCUUCCAGAACCCGCCCUGGGUGCGGAGGUGGACUGCCCCGGUGUGAGCGAGCAAGAGGAGCCCGCGGUGAGCUGCGCUGAGGCGGCGCCGCGCGGCGGCGGCUCGCGGCGGCCCAAACGGCCGGAGGACAGAAACUGCAGCGGCUGCAGGCUGCUGUUCCAGCGGCAGGGCCGCUCCUUCAACCGCAGGGCGGUGUACACCUUCACCACCCCGGACACGGUGCGCUGGGUCUUCCCGGACUCGGAGGUCCAUGAGAAAUCCUUCCUGUGUGAAACUUGCGCGCAGAUCAUCCGGACCAAAGGGAGGCGGAAGCAGAGCGGGAAGCGGCUGCUGUGGGUGAAGCCGCCUGAGGUCACGAAGGUGAAGGACAAGCAGGUGACGGGCCGCAGGAUGGGGAAGAAGAGCAAAGCUGCUCUGCUGGUCAGCAAGUCCAGCUACAAAGCCGCUUUCCAAAUGCUCUGGUCGUCCAAAGGUGCCAGGAAGCCCAUGAUGGAUUUCUGGAGGAAACAGCUGAAAAACGAGAUGAAGCUGCUGUCACGGAAGGCAGACAGUCCCUUCCACCAGAAGGUUUCUGGCAGGAAGCCGCUGUCCUCCUUCCCCUGGAGGAGGUGUCUGAACUGGGUCCAGGAAAACGCGCCGCUCGUCACCACCUGCCUGCACUCCAUGUUCCCUGACAUCAACACCCUCUACAAAAGCAGCCACAGUCAGCUGACGGAGGAUCAGGCCGUCACGCUGCUGGAGCGCCGCACCGUGGUGGCGCUCUCCAUCCCGCUCUUCACUAGAAACAUCUGGAGGAACAACUUCCUGCAGGCGGCUCUGGGGGCGGAGCUGCGGCUGCAGGGCUGCUCCGGCUCCGCCCUCGACACCUUGAACACCAUGGGGCUGUGUCAGAACAAAGACACGGUCCGGUUGCUGCUGCACCGGCUGCGGAACGGCAAAGACAUGGACGGGGAGCACAGUUUGAUGCUGAAACACGAGCAAAUGAAGGACGAUAUCGUAUCUGUGACGACAGAAGAAGAAGAAGAGGAGGAUGAGGAGGAGGAAGAUGAUGAAGAGGAGGAGGAAGAAGAGGAGCAGCAGGAUGAAAUGAUGGUGGCGGUGGAGGAGGAAGUGGAGCAGGAAGAGGUUCAGGACGGACUGCAGGAGGAGGAGGAGGACCCGGCUAUGAUGGAAAAAGAAGAGAGGAAGAGGAGGAAGAAGGCGAAGAAGCAGAGGAGGGAGGAGAAGAGGAAGGAGAGGAGAGGGAAACAGAAGGAGAGGGAGGAGCCGGAGGAGGACGAGGAGGAGGAUGAAGACGGGUUGGAGCAGAAGAAGAGGAAGGUGGUGGUGGUGAGGCUGGGCCUGUUGAAGGGAACCUCAGAGGUGGGACGCUCCGACCUAUCGGCUCCCUGACGAUAACAGGCCCCGCCCACAAACUCACAGGCCACACCCUUAUCUCAAAGCUGCACUGAGGCCCCGCCCACUAAUGUUUCAGAUGGAUUCUGGGAACUGUAGGAGGCCGGCAGGUGACUGGUGGAGGUGAAAACUAACAGAUUGACGUUCGGAUCAGAACCGGUUCUGAAACCGGAUCCGAUGGAAUCCGAGCCGCACCGUUAGACGGAGGCUCCAAGCCGAGCCUCGGUUCUGUUCAAUGCUGGCAGAUUUCUAACAUUUGUAAUCUGUAAGGAGAAUAAAGAGCGAUGACUGUUGAACUGCAGGUCGAAUGCGGUGGUUUUUUGUUCGGGCUCCUCAGAACCUGGGCUCCUGCUCUCAGAGCGACUCGGUUCUUCUGAAAUAAAAGCAUGAAGCAAAGAUCUGAUCCCA